AGUCUGUGUUUUUGUAAAAAUAUUCUGUGUAAAGUUGUCAAUCCAAAUUAACCUUAAAACUCAAAAAAACAACCUAAAAAAUGUUCACGACGAAAAUAUUCAUAAAAAAAAAUAAAAUUGGAAAUUUCCUCAAGAAUGUCAGGGAACAUUAUAUCCGAGAUGAUAUAUCUUGUGGAUUUCUUACAUGUGAAAAUUGCCUCCCGGUUCCGACAAAUCUCAGUAAUUCUCAUAUAAAUGAAUGUGAACUGAUAAAUGGAAAUCAUUACUUAAUAUUGGAUACCAACGUUAUUUUGAAUCAGAUUGAUGUUAUUGAUGAAACAGUUUUUGGUAAUGUUAUAAUUUUACACACUGUUCUUAAUGAAGUAAAACACAGAAGUUUACCAAUAUUCAAGAGACUUAUGAAUAUCAUUGACAAUCCCAGUAGGCACUUCUACGUAUUUACAAAUGACCACCAUAAGGAUACAUAUUUAGUUCAAAAUGAGAAGGAGUUGGUUAAUGAUUAUAAUGACAGAUGCAUCAGAAGAGCCUGCACUUGGUACCAAAAACAUUUGCCUUUUGAAAUAUUUGUCUUCUUAACAGAAGAUGCUGAAAACAAAAGACUAGCUAUAGAAGAUAAUAUCAAGACAUUUUCAGUUAAGGAUUAUGUACAAAACCUUAAAGACCAUCAUGUAGUGGAAGAUAAACUAGCUAAGCAUUUCACGAACUAUGCAUCUGGAAAAGAUGUUUAUCCUCCUCAUAUGGCAGUUGCUGAACUUUUGGGCAAAAUUAAGACUGGAAAAUUGUACCAAGGAACGUUUAGAGCAUCUAGGGAAAAUUAUCUUGAGGGAUAUGUGACUGUGGAUGGGUUAGAUGACCCUGUAAUUGUGCAAGGUAGAGAGGGGUUAAACAGAGCUGUAGAUGGAGAUAUUGUAGCAGUAGAAUUGUUCAAAAAAGAAGAUUGGACCUCUCCUACUGAGUUAGUUAUAGAGGAUGAGGGCCAAGUGGAAGAAAUUAUUGACGACUUGAUCGAGAAAGAAAAGGAGAUAAAAAUGGCUCAUAAAAAGAAAGAUGAAAUAAGGCCUACUGGUAAAGUAGUAGGAGUGAUAAGAAGGAAAUGGAAGCAGUAUUGUGGUAUCCUAGAAGGUGGAGUAGAAGGAGUAUAUCACCUUUUUGUGCCAUCCAACAGAAGCAUUCCCAAGAUCAGAAUAGAGACCAGACAGGCGGAAUUUUUGAAAACGCAAAAAUUGAUAGUGACAAUAGACUCUUGGCCGCAGAAUUCGAGGUAUCCUCAUGGUCAUUUUGUGAGAGCUCUAGGAAAAAUUGGCAAUCAAGACACUGAAAACGAAGUUGUUCUGUUAGAACAUGAUGUACCACACAGUCAGUUUUCUGAAGAAGUUCUAAAUUGCUUACCUAAGGUCCCUUGGAUUAUUACCGAUGAAGAUGUGAAAAAAAGGGUAGAUCUUAGAGAUAUAACCAUAUGUUCAGUAGAUCCACCAGGGUGUACAGAUAUCGACGACGCCCUUCAUUGUAGAGAUAUAGGUGAUGGAAAAUUAGAAGUUGGCGUUCAUAUAGCUGAUGUCUCUCACUUUAUUAGACCUGGAACUGCGAUUGACUUGGAAGCUGCUUCCAGAGCUACAACUGUUUAUCUCGUAAACAAGAGGAUUGACAUGGUUCCAGAACUUUUAAGUUCAAACCUAUGCUCUCUGAGAGGCGGUGAAGAAAGAUUUGCCUUCUCCUGCAUAUGGGAAAUGGACAAGGAUGCCAAUAUUUUGAGUACAAGAUUCCACAAGAGCAUAAUAAAAUCCAAACGAGCCAUGACUUACGAAGAAGCCCAGGUCACAAUCAAUGACCAGUCUAAAAAUGACGAAUUGGCCAACGGCUUGAGAGGACUGAAUAGGUUGGCUAAAAUUUUGAAGGCAAGAAGAUUGGAGAAUGGGGCUCUAGUUUUGGCGUCGCCUGAAGUUAAAAUUAUGAUGGAUUCUGAGACUAUGGAACCCCUAGAUGUGGAAGUUAAGAAGCUCUUUGAGACUAACUCGAUGGUGGAGGAGUUCAUGUUGUUGGCUAAUAUAAGUGUGGCUCAGAAAAUCUUGAAAGAUUUCCCUGAUUGUGCCAUGUUGCGAAGACAUCCUACUCCACCUAGCACUAACUUUGAUCCUUUGGUGAAAGCUGGAAAACAUCUUGGUUUCGACAUUCAGAUUGAAACAGGAAAAAGUCUCGCUGAAUCUCUGGAUAAAGCCGUCAGUACAACUAAUCCAUACUUGAACACUAUGUUGAGAAUUCUAGCCACCCGUUGCAUGCUUCAAGCAGUUUACUUCCCCAGCGGUACACUCCAAAAAGAAGAUUUCUACCAUUAUGGAUUAGCGGUUCCACUUUAUACUCAUUUCACUUCUCCAAUCAGAAGAUAUGCAGAUAUCAUUGUGCACAGAUUGCUAGCAGUCUCCUGCGGCGCAGACUCGACUUAUCCGGACUUGUUAGAUAAGCAAAAGACUAGUCAGUUGUGUCAAAAUCUGAACUAUAGAAAUAGAAUGGCACAAUAUGCAGGAAGGGCUUCCGUAGCAUUCAACACCCAUCUAUUUUUCAGAGGGAAAAUGCAAGAUGAUGAAGGUUACGUUUUGUUUGUGAGAAAAAAUGCCCUCCAGAUUCUUCUUCCAAGAUACGGCCUGGAAUGCCCAUUAUAUUUAUCGACAAAAGAUGGAAAAUCUGUAUUUACCUAUGAUGAAGAUGAACAAACUCAAAGGGCUGGUGAUGUUGUUUUUCACGCUUUUGAUCCAGUUGUGGUCAGGGUUUGUUUAGAUUCCAAAAACAUUCAACACGAGAAAUUUGUGCUUCAAUUAGUAAAACCAUAUAUUGAAGAGUUUAGUGUUCAACCUCUGAAUGAAACAGGAAAAUUAAAUACUGAAACUGAACCCUCAUUAGGAGAGAAGAGGAAAAUAGAUAGUGAAGUUAAGCAUAAAAAGAAAUUGAAGAAGAAACACAAAUAGUGGAAUUAACAUUAAUAAAAGGAUUCAUUUGAA